AUGCCCAACAGGGAUGCUGUGAUCCAUGAGAUACAGAGACUGACAGACAUUGUGCCUAUGGGCGUCCCCCACCACGUCAUCCGGGACACUUAUUUCCGAGGCUUCCUUCUGCCCAAGCUCAGUGAGCGCUAUGGUUCGGUGUUCACGGUCCACCUGGGGCCCCGACGGGUCGUGGUACUGUGGGGAUACGACGCUGUGAAGGAGGCUCUCAUGGACCAGGCUGAGGAAUUCAGUGGGCGAGGGGAGCAGGCCACCUUCGACUGGCUCUUCAAAGGCUACGGCGUGGCGUUCAGCGAGGGGGAGCGGGCCAAGCAGCUCCGGCGCUUCUCCAUCACCACGCUACGGGACUUUGGGGUGGGCAAGCGCGGCAUUGAAGAGCGCAUCCAGGAGGAGGCCGGCUUCCUCGUGGAGACCUUGCGAGGCACAUGCGGCGCCUUCGUCGAUCCCACCUACUUCUUGAGCCGUGCAGUCUCCAACGUCAUCAGCUCCAUUGCCUUUGGGGACCGUUUUGCCUAUGAAGAUAAAGAGUUCCUGUCACUGCUGCGUAUGAUGCUGGGAAGCUUCCAGUUCACAGCUACUGCUACCGGACAGCUCUAUGACAUGUUCUACUCGGUAAUGAAACACCUACCAGGGCCACAGCAACAGGCCUUUAAGGAGCUGCACGGGCUGGAGGAUUUCAUAACCAAGAAAGUGGAGCAGAACCAGCGCACACUGGACCCCAACUCCCCACGGGACUUCAUCGACUCCUUCCUCAUCCGCAUGCAGGAGGAGAAGAAGAACCCCAACACAGAGUUCUGCAUGAAGAACUUGGUGUUGACCACACUGAACCUCUUCUUUGCCGGCACCGAGACUGUCAGCACGACUCUGCGCUACGGCUUCCUGCUGUUCAUGAAGCACCCAGAUGUGUGGGCCAAGGUGCAAGAGGAGAUUGACCUGGUGAUUGGCAAGAACCGUCAGCCCAAGUUUGAGGACCGGGCCAAGAUGCCCUACACCGAGGCAGUGAUCCACGAGAUCCAGAGAUUUACAGACAUGAUCCCCAUGGGGGUGGCCCGCAGGGUCACCAAGGACACCAAGUUUCGGGACUUCUUCAUCCCCAAGGUGCUGCUCUGCCCAACCUUCCAAACCUGUGACCCCUCAUGCCCACCCCCGACUGGCUCUUAUCGAAUCCGCUUUUCUCCUCCCCACCAGGGCACUGAAGUGUUCCCUGUGCUGGGCUCCGUGCUGAGAGACACCAAGUUCUUCUCCAACCCCCAAGAUUUCAACCCCCAGCACUUCCUGGAUGAGAAAGGGCAAUUUAAGAAGAACGAUGCCUUUGUGCCCUUCUCCAUUGGAAAGCGGUACUGUUUCGGGGAAGGUCUGGCCAGAAUGGAGCUCUUUGUCUUCUUUACCACCAUCCUGCAGAACUUCUGCCUCAAGUCCCCUCAGUCGCCCGAGGACAUCGAUGUGUCUCCCAAACAUGUGGGCUUUGCCACCAUCCCACGAACCUACACCAUGAGCUUCUUACCCCGCUGA